UUUGAUUUCAUUUUAUUGUACCAUAAUUGCUUAGAAUAUGAAUAUAUUUAUUUAAACAUUUGUUUCAGUUGAUACUCAUUUCAUACUUGGCGUCCGUAUCAUGACCAUAAACAUUGAAACUAAAUCGGAGCAUUCUCAGUUACACAAUGGGGUCAAAAGGGAAGUCUCCAUGGGUCGAGUACAACGGUGAUACACUUGGAGAUAGCGAGUUGAUUAUGCCCUACAUGGUUGAGAAAUGUGGGGUAAACCUCAGUACGGGCCUAACAGAGGAACAGACGGCCAUAGGCCGGGCCUUCCAGACUCUCGUCGAUGAACGCAUGUAUUGGCUAGUUUUGUUAGAAAGAUGGGUGUUCCACAAAUCAGAGAUGUCUGGCACUCUUACCAAACUUCCCGCCAUUUUAAUAUGGCAUAUCAGCCGGAAAACUAAGAAUAUGGCGUAUGCACAGGGCCUUGGCAGACAUACGCAAUCCGAAAUUGAAACAUUGCUUGAGAAAGAUUUGAAAGCAUUAUCGGAUUAUUUAGGUGACAAGAAAUAUUUUCUCGGUGAAGAGCCUAGAGAGGUCGAUUGUGCAGUGUUUGGGCAGCUGUGUCAAGUCCGUUAUCAUGUGCCAAACAGUGUCAAAGCAAGAACAUAUCUACAAGAAUCCCUUCCAAAUCUCACUGCUUAUAUAGACAGAAUUAUUGAGAAAUUUUGGCCAGAUUGGAAGGAAUGUAUGACAAAUGGAUUUACGAAAGAGGCAACAAAAUAGAAUGACACUUAUAUUUGAAUUUUGUAUGCGCGCUUGCCUUGAAAAAGCUGAUAUCAUGUAUUUCUGGUGUCAGUCAAACAACGACAGAGAUGGUAUUAAAUGUUGAUCUUAAUCAGGUCUAAGAACGACCUAGCUAUUCAUUCAUGGUCCACCAUUCGCGCGGUUCUACUUUUGAGACAAACUGGUAUAAUGUUUACUCGCUCGUUUUUCCGGGAUCAGCAAAACUGUCUGCAAAGGAAUUGAUUGAAAACCACAAAACUACAGUACGAACUUUAAAAACGCAGAUUAUGCAGAAAUGUAUUAUUUGCAGGCUUACAUUGUGAUCAAUCAAUAUUGUGGCAAUAUAAACUGUAAAUAUGCUAAUUGUAUGUACUUAACGUGUGCUUUAGGUUGCAACAAGAUUGAACUAUAGAUAAUAAGGUGAAGUUGUAACUCUUAAUAUACAUAAGUGAGCCACAAGUACUUUGUGAGUUGUUUUGUAUUGGUGUGUCAAGCAAGGAAGAUAACCCAGGUUUUCGCGAUCUGUUUUUACUAUUACAGUUGUUGUUCCUUACAGAAUGUUCCAUAUUAUGAUUUGUAUGUAACUGUAGCAAUUCUCUUUACAAAAUGCUGUAACUGUUGUGUUUUUUGUGAUCUGUAUGGUAAUGUAAUAUUAAAUGAUCAUCGUGGCAAUAUGUGAAAGGUAUGUGUUUGGUAUUUUAUUAAACAAAAUGCUUUGAAAUAUUUAUAUCGAAAUAUGUAAUAUAGUUACCCAGGUAAGGAUAAAUUUUGUUGGUGAUUGUUCAGUUUUGUAAGAAGAAUGUACCUCAAUAAAUUAUUAUUCAAAUGUUAGAUUUUUCAAACGGUUACUGAAUAA